UGCAGUAUUCAGUCUCUUUAGAAACUUCUCCAGGGGAAAAGUGUUGGGAGAUCUACAAAGUGGAUUUUUUUUCCUUUUUUUUCCCUUCUCCCUGAUUUUUUACCGCUCCUCUACAGACUUUGCAACAAAACACUCCAACUUUGCAGCAAACUUUUUUUUUUUAAAUCUUUUGGUCUUUUUUUUUUUUCUUUGCAAAUCUUGGAAGAGGAAAGCGGGAGAGUUGAACAGAGCCGAUCGAAACACAACUUUGCUUCAUACCAAGCUUCCCAGCAGCUCGCUGCGUCGGGAGAGACUUUUUCUCCUGCAGAAGAAGAGAGAGGGGAGGGGACCUUUGCAGCCCCUCUUCCUUCUCCUGCGGUUUUGGUUUUUUUUUUUGUUUUUUUUUUUUUCCACUCUUCUUUACUGCUUUGAUGCAUUAUUAGCAGGACACUGGUUUUCAAGGAACUUUGCUCCCUUCCCAACCUGCCUCCUCCCAGCCCUUUGGGAAGAGUGUGUGUGAGUGUGUGCGUGCGUGUGUGAAAUCGCCGUCCCACCUCCCCGAACCCCCCUGCUCCCCCACGCCUCCCCCUCUGCAACCUGUAGGCUGUGCAACCCCUGCAGGCUUCGCUCCCUUUCCCCCCUACUUCCCUCCCUCUUUUUUUGCGCUCCCGCGGAUCGCGGUGCGAAUUCCCCCUUUCGAAGCGAGAAAAAGCUGAAAGGAGAAACGGGGGGRAAAAAAGACCCCCAAAAAAAGGAAAUCUAGACGUCCCCCCUCUCCCAACGCCAAAAGAAAAGCAGGAGGUCUCGCACCCCGAGAAUACACCCCAGAGUGGGGCGCCUGCAAGCAGGGGCUGCGCUUUUCUUUUUGAAUUUUAUUUUUUAAAAUUCUUUACUUUUUUUUUYYUUYUUUUUUUUCUUUUUGCCCCUGAAGGGGCAAGCGGAAAGCCAGCGCCGCCCGCUCCCGGCAGCCCCCCGCGCCCCGUCCCGCAGCAUCCCCGCCGCGAUGCUGCUGCGGCUCCUGGUGCUGCUGGGCGCCUGCCCGGGGCUGUCGCGGUGCCUGGGCUCCUUCGUGCAGUGCGAGCCCUGCGAUGCCAAGGCGCUGUCGCUCUGCCCGCCGCCGCCGCUGGGCUGCGAGCUGGUGAAGGAGCCGGGCUGCGGCUGCUGCCUCACCUGUGCCCUGCCCGCCGGGCAGCCCUGCGGCGUCUACACCGAGCGCUGCGCCCGCGGGCUGCGCUGCCUCCCGCGCCAGGGCGAGGAGAAGCCGCUGCACGCCCUGCUCCACGGCACCGCCGUCUGCCUCAGCGAGAAGAGCUACCGCGAGCAAGCCAAGGCCGAACGGGAGUCCCGAGAGCAUGAGGAGCCGACCACGUCGGAGAUGACAGAGGAGACCUACCCGCCCAAGGCCUACCGGCCCAAGCACGGGCGCCUCUCUGAGCUCAAGGCUGAAGCCCUGAAGAAGGACCGCAGGAAGAAGAUGACCCUGGCCAAGUUCGUGAACAUAGCUGAGAACACGGCUCAUCCWCGUGUUGUCAUGCCUGAGCUCCGACAGGAGUUUGAGCUGGGCCCGUGCCGCAGGCAGAUGGAGGCGUCCCUGCAGGAGCUAAAGAGCAGCCAGCGGAUGGUCCCCCGUGCUGUCCACCUCCCCAACUGUGACCGCAAGGGCUUCUACAAGAGGAAGCAGUGCAAGCCCUCCCGAGGCCGGAAGCGUGGGUUGUGUUGGUGUGUGGACAAGUACGGCAUGAAGCUGCCAGGGACUGACUACCUGAGUGGAGACCUGCAGUGCCACGCGUUYGACAGCAGCAACGUGGAGUGAAGCCGCAUCCCCCCCCUCCGCCCCAUCACUAUCUAUCCAGACUCCCUUCCACCCUCCCCUCCGCACCUCCCCAUGCCCCAGGACUCCGAUUCCUUUCAUCUCAUGUAAGACGAAAAAAGAAAGGAAAAGAAAAAAGAGAAAGGAAGGAAAAUGAAAAAAACAGAAAGGGAAAGAAAGAAAAAAGACAAGUAAGGAAAGGAAAAGUAAAAAGAGAGAAAAGAAAGAAAAAAGAGAAAAGAAAAAAGAGAAAAGAAAAAAGAAAAUGAAAAAAAGAGAUGAAAAGAGAAAAGAAAAAAGAGAAAAGAAAAAAGAGAAGAGAGAAAAAUAAACCCUGAAGAAACUGAGGACUCGGAAUCUACAAUAGCCUUUUGACAACAAGGACUCAGCAAGGAAAGGAUAGAGCCAGAGACAAACCAGCCAUGGCCACUAUGUCGUCCUGCACCUCUCCCCAACACAGCCUGUGCCCCUCUGCCACAAGCAGAGGUCACCCUGAUGUAGGAAGCUCUCCGAGUCGGUGAUUUUCCAGUACGGGUUUUGGGCAGGUUCAUUUUUUAUUUUUAUAUUUUUUUCGUGUUAGCUAGUUGAUUCCUGAAGGGUCUUGAGAGGAAAUCUUGCGGCCACCAGCGUUCCCCUUGCAGUACUGUGGAGUGUCCUCCCCAUGUUGCUGGGACUCUCUUGAGCUGAUUUGAUUUCUAUAUCAAAUGACUGCCCCAAUCUAGGCAGAUUUCAACAAGGGAGGAGGCAUGGGACUGUUGGCUUUGUGUCUGGAGAUGAGCUGGGGAGGGAAACACAGAUCCUGCAAAAAUACCCCCAGAAAAUAUCUGUGGACUUCAAAAAAAAUCAUCCAAAAAGGAAACACAUUCUUCCCUGUCCACUUCUUCUUGAAUGGAAGGUCAGAAAUCUUCUUGGACAAGCAGGACUCUGACUGUUGUCCAUCCAGGUGUGAAAGCAUUCAUCACCUGCAUGCACGUGUAUGAGUGUGUGUGUGCAUUGACAUGGCUUUUCCUCCUUGCAACACUUCACCUUGAAACCUGCAAUCCGGAGGUUUCAAUGUAAUAUGUAGUCAGGGGGAUAUGCUGCCCCUCCCAAAAACAUGCUGGAUGAUGUGCUGGAUUAAGCACAGGAUUAGAGUUAUGGAGGAGCAUCGGUGCCUGUGGAAUCAGGGCCCCAUCAACAAUGAGGGCUGCAUCACUGUCCAGACUGAAGCAUCCCUACAUAGGGACAGGGGAAUCAGGGCCAAAACUCUGCACCACCCUUUGCCACCACAAAGACGACCAACUAUGGAGAUUUUUAAUUCUUUUUUUUUCACAGCCAAAAAUGUGGUUUGCUCCAGGGGAAAAAAAAAAAAAAAACCCAAACCUCCACUUUGUUUCAUCGUGGUUUUGUGCUAAGGUUGGUUCAUAGCUUUCCCAAUGGAUAGGAAAAUGCCAGUUUCCAUCCUUUUACACUGAGGAUACCGCUCAUGUUGCCACAGCUGAUUCCCACCACCCUGCAGUAAGAUCCUGUGAUGGGCCCUUGCCUUUAACCUGGGACCCAGCUCCUUGUUGAAUGACGGCAGCCACCGCAUCAUGGAGACCCACUGCCUCAGGCAUGCUGGGACAGCCCUCGGCUGCCUUCCUGACUCAAUUGUUGUUUUUAAUGUUUGCAUUUGAUUUUGGGACUGUUGCCUCUUGCUUAUCCUUGACAAGGGUCUCCACGAUGUURGUGCUGGGAGGAGAUCCUACAGCGAAGGAAAGGAAAAAAAGGAAAGGGAGCUGUGGGGUCUGGGUGCUGUGAUGGGCAAACACACCCACUGGGAACCACAUCCUACUGCCACGGCUGGAGCUGGCAGCUAGCACCGGCCAAAGGACACAGCUGAUCUCAGGGGGAAGGUUCCUGCAUCCCCAAAUGCCCUUUGAGCUUCCUGGACCUGGGCAGAGAAAAACAGAGGUCCACAGCACCACCGGGACSCCACCAGUGGGGAUGGGACUUGAGGGAUUCAGCACUAAAGGGUUCUGGUGAAGGCUUCUUGCCCAUCACAGGWUGGGAGCCCUCAUAGCCUCCCACAAGAUGACAUCACUGUCCUAAGCAGCCCAUGGGUCCCCCACCAGGAUGCUUACCCUGAUGGAGGCCAGGACUGCACACCUGCRGUUAUUUCCCUCCAAGUGACAGUGGGGCGAGUUUUGCGGAUGGACUUCCAUGGAGACCCAGCGGAACACAUUUCAGCCUGGGGACAAAGCACCUUCCCGUGCUGAAAAGAAGGAAGUGUGCCACCAAAUGUAGAUCCGCUCCCAAAGAAGCCUGUUGGAGAGGGAUAACCCUCUUGUUGCUGGAGGGGAGCAUGGCAGGGGCUGAGAGAGGGACCCGUCCAGGCUCUGCAGGGCUGAUGGAGCAGAGUUGCUUUAACCAGAGUGGUGGGUUAAUGCUGGGAUGCAAGUGGGGAGAAAAAUGGGGUGGAGACAGCAGGAGGAGGAGAAGGAGCUUGUACUAAUCCCAUGGGCCAYGGGUUACCAUUCUUGACACUGUCCGCUUGCUGAUCCCUGUGCAAAAACUCCUGACUGUUAUAGGCCAGUACCACCUUUCCCAAGACCCACCCUUCCUUCUUUCUUCCUCUUUCUUGCUUUUUUGUUUGUUUUGUUGUUUAAUUUCCCAAAACUUGAAAGCCUUUGGCUGCAGAGAAAGGAGAUUUGCCCCCCGGGGUGGGAUGGGAGCAGGCAGAGGGCAGCAGAUCCCACRAACCUUGCCUUUUGGGGAGGAUGCUUUUGCAGGGUGAGCGUUAGCUCACAGGGCCCCAUGGCGGUGUCACGAUGAGGCCAUCACAGACACUGGGACAGAGACAGUGCAGURCUCUGUCCUUUCCCUACAAAGAAAGUCUGCUUGGCCCAGGGAGCCAAGUACCAAAAUCCACCCCACAGAGCCUCCCUUACCCCUGAACAUCCCAUGCUAUGAUGGCAUUGCCCGUUCUGUCCCCACAAACAUGGGGGGAGGAUGAUGGACACUUGGGUUGCAACACCCUUGCCCCCCAGAUCACCUCAGCUCCCAGGAUAAGGCACCGUGACCCCUCACCCCACCCCAGCUGCCCACUCUCUCAAGGAUCCCCAGCAGGACGAGGCUGUUUGCAGGCUGCACUAAUAUUUAGGACUGGGGUUGRAGCCUGGGUCAGGCUGGGAAUGAGAGUAACUUGAGGAGGAGUUGGUCACCCUCUGGGUGAGGAGAUGCUCCCAUUCUCAGCACCCAGCAGCACCCUUUUGCAUUUAGGGUGAGAGAAUCAAAAGGGGCAGAUUUGGAAGCUGGUGAGGGUUGAGGCACACCAGGAGAUGCUGGCAAUUUGUGCAUUGGUGGGUUGUGAGGCUCAGGGGUCUCUGGCUACAGUAUUUGUGCCAAGCCCACAUGGGUAUCGAGGAUGCGAGCUGGGAAGGAGAGGACAAGGAUGGCUCAGGACAGCCCUUCCACCACAUCUGCCUGGGGAGUGGCACUCAGUGGCUGGGCUACCCCUUGUCUGUACUGCAGUGGACUUCGAAAACCACUAGUACAAGAGCAUUUUGCACUAUUUCUCCGCUCUCUCCCCCCUUCCCUUUUUCUCCACCUUCCCCAUGAAAAUUGUUUUUUGCUGUUGGUUUGGUUUCUUUUUGUUGUUGAUUUUUUUCCCCCCAAAUGGAGCAUUGUAUAUUUAAAAAACUGUCAGUUCACCUCGCUUCCAGACCGCUGUCCUGGCCCUGGCUAGGAGCCCUGCCUGCUGUGGCCCCCUCCCCAGCCCACCAGACCCCACCACUGCCACCGGGACAGACGUCACCGUGCACGUUACCCACCGUUGUAACACAGUUGUUAAAACACACCAGAUUCCGAGUUUCCUGCCUGGUUUUUAUCUUUAAGCAAUACUCACUACACAUUUUACGGUAGCUUUUUAUAGCUUUACAUACAUACGGUAGCUCUGUUGUUUCGUUUUGGUUUUGUUGUUUUGUUUUUUUUCCAGUAAACAAGAAAUACUCAUAAUCUUACUGGUGGGAAAAAAAAAAAAAAGCAGUUUKUGAAAAACUGACAAUGGAAGAAGAGC